CCCAUAAAGCACCUCCCAUCGUUCCCUACUGCAGAUGUUGGUUCUGAUACAGAAUUGGACACUAGACAACUGGUCCGAGCACAGAACAAAAAGAAAAAGAAGUCAGGAGGAUUUCAGUCAAUGGGUCUUAGUUACCCUGUCUUUAAGGGUGUAAUGAAGAAAGGGUACAAGGUUCCAACUCCAAUUCAAAGAAAGGUAAUACCUGUCAUUCUGGAUGGCAAGGAUGUGGUAGCUAUGGCACGAACGGGCAGUGGUAAAACUGCUUGUUUCCUCAUCCCGAUGUAUGAGAAGCUGAAGGCUCACAGUGCACAAACUGGAGUCCGUGGCCUUAUUUUAUCACCUACCAGAGAACUUGCCCUGCAGACUCUGAAGUUCACCAAAGAGAUUGGAAAAUUUACUGGUUUGAAGACUGCUCUUAUUUUGGGUGGGGACAAGAUGGAAGAUCAGUUUGCUGCUCUACAUGAAAAUCCUGAUAUAAUCAUUGCUACCCCUGGCCGUCUGAUGCACGUGGCAGUAGAGAUGAAUCUGAAGUUACGCAGUGUGGAGUAUGUAGUUUUUGAUGAAGCAGACAGACUUUUUGAAAUGGGGUUUGCCGAGCAGCUUCAGGAGAUCCUCGCCCGUCUUCCAGAAAAUCGCCAAACCUUGCUUUUCUCAGCCACUCUUCCCAAGAUGCUGCUAGAAUUUGCCCGUGCAGGUCUUACUGAACCUGUGCUAAUCCGUCUGGAUGUUGAUACAAAGCUGAGUGAUCAAUUAAAGUGGCAUUUUUUUCAUGUGAGGGCAGAAGAUAAACCUGCUGUGCUUCUACAUCUAUUGCGCUGCAUUGUGAAACCUCAGGAACAAACGGUCAUCUUUGUGGCCACCAAACACCAUGCUGAGUAUCUGAAAGAGAUGCUGGAUAUGCAAGGUAUCCCGUGUUCCCAUAUAUACAGUUCUCUUGAUCAGACUGCCAGAAAGAUUAACCUGGGUUUGUUUCUGCAUGGAAAAGUACGUUCUUUAUUGGUCACAGAUGUAGCAGCUCGCGGUAUUGAUAUACCUAUGCUUGACAAUGUCAUCAAUUAUAACUUCCCUCCAAAAGCCAAACUUUUCCUGCACCGUGUAGGUCGCGUGGCUAGAGCAGGUCGGAGUGGCACAGCUUAUUCUCUGGUAGCUCAUGAUGAAACACCUUAUGUGUAUGAUCUCCACCUCUUUCUAGGAAGACCCUUGAAACUGGCAGGAGACCCACAGACUGAUUCAGGUGAUCAAGAAGCGGAUGGAGCUCUAGGACGAGUCCCCCAAAGUUUGAUAGAUGAUGAAGAUGCUCUGCUGAUCACAGAUCAUGAGCGGUCUUUAGAACUGCAGAACCUGCAUCGCAUCUCUGAGAAUGCUUACAAACAGUACAGCAAAUCCAGACCAGCCCCAGCUCCAGAGUCUGUGAAACGUGUCAAAGAGGCCAGUUACAAUCAGUUGGGAGUACAUCCCUUGUUUUGGUCUCGCCUUGGUGGGGAAGAAAUUCAGAGACUGAAGUUUGUGGACAGCAUUAAAUCGUAUAAAUCAAAAGCGACAAUCUUUGAGAUAAAUGCCACUAAUAAGACACCUGCCAGUGAAGUAAUGCGUGCCAAGAGAAAUCAAGAUUGCAAAGUAAUCUCCAAAUUCCAGCGUUUGCAGGAAGAGAAAGCAAAUAGUACAACACAGUCCCCAGCCAGUGUUAAACCUGAUCAGCCAGCCAGCCAAGACAUUUCUGAAGAAAAUAUGGAGGUAACUGUAGCUACAGAAUCUUACCAGGGAGUCUUCUCACAAGUGCUUGGCAAAAGAAAGCGUCCAGAUAAAAUAGACACUGAAAGCAGCAGGAAGAAAAAGAAAGCUGGACCUACUCAGGAUGCAGAAUAUUACAUCCCAUACAGACCGAAGGACUUUGAUAGUGAAAAAGGAUAUAGACUGAGUAUUGGAGGCAGCAGCUUUGAACAGGCAGCAGCAGGGGCAGUGCUGGAUUUGCUUGGGGACCAGGCUGAGGAUCUCAACAAAAACAAGAAUAUCCUGAAGUGGGAUCGUAAGAAAAAGAAGUUUGUGGGAGCUGGGGGACAUGAGGAUAAAAAGAAAGUAAGAACAGAGAGUGGAAGACUUAUCAGCAGCUCUUAUAAGACGAACAUAUAUGAGGACUGGAAGAAAAAAGUACAAGAUUGAUGACCAGGACUCUGAGGAAGAUGAAGAGAGACAGACAGGAAGGACACAUAGGAAGGGACGAGGUGGACGUGGUGGCUCUCGAAGCUUGCCCCGCACAGAGGCAUCAGGCCCCCGUGGCAAGGUUCGCUCUGAGCUGCGCACCAAACAGCAGAUUCUCAAGCAGAGAAGAUCACAGCAGAAGCAGCAUUUCUUACAAAGCGGUGGAAUGAAAAAGCUGAAAAAUAAAACAAAGCAGAGAGUGCAGGAAAUGAGGAAAACUGCUUUUGGCAGAGGAAAGAGCAAUGGAUUUAAGAAAGGAAAGAUGAAGAAAAGAUCUUGA